GAAAAAUACGACAAGCUCAGACAAGUGGGCAAGGGUCAAUUUGGUGCCGUCUUCAAGGCCAAACACAAGGAGACUGGUGUCAUCUACGCCCUGAAAAAGGUCAUUAUGAAGGGCGAAACGGAAGGGUUUCCAUUGACGGCCCUGCGUGAGAUCUCACUCAUGAGCCGACUCGACCAUCCCAACGUGCUGAAAUUGCACGAAGUCGUUCACAGCCAAGGUCUGGGUGACAUUUACCUGGUGUUUGAUUUUAUGGACUACGAUUUGGCCGGUCUUUUGAACAAGGGCGUCGAGUUUACCGUUCCUGAAGUCAAAGGCAUGUGCCUCGACCUGUUCAAAGGCCUAAACUACCUAGCUUUAAACCGAGUGAUGCAUCGCGACUUGAAAGUGGCUAACCUCUUGCUCAACCGCGAGGGAGUGCUCAAAAUUGCCGAUUUUGGCCUAGCGCGGUACAUGAAGGAAGGCAAGGCUGCGGCGAGCUACACUGGCGUCGUGUGCACGCGAUGGUACCGAGCCCCUGAGCUGUUGCUGGGUCAGCGGCAAUAUGAUCCCGCGAUUGACAUGUGGAGCGCCGGUUGCAUUGUGGCAGAGCUCAUCACAGGCUCGCCUAUAUUGCAAGGC